AUGGACCGUCUCCGGCGAUCCAUUCGUCAGUCAUUCCGUCGAGGAGGACGACGUAGCCCUGAAAGUAGCGCACCCUCAGAACUUGUAACGACGUCAAACGGCGCAGGUGGCCACAAACAGGAGCAAUGGCAACCUGAUGAAGCCGCCGUUAGAGCCGGAUUGUGUCACUUCACUGUCAAGUAUUUGGGAGCAGUGGAAGUUUAUGAGUCUCGCGGAAUGCAAGUUUGUGAAGGGGCCUUGAAAAUGCUUAGAAGCAAUAGAAGACGACCUAUAAAAGCAGUUCUUUAUGUAUCCGGAGACGGACUACGCGUUGUUGAUCAAGAAAAUAAUAGAGGUCUGAUUGUGGAUCAAACAAUAGAGAAGGUCUCAUUCUGCGCACCAGAUCGUAAUAACGACAAAGGAUUCGCUUAUAUAUGUAGAGAUGGGACCUCGAGGAGAUGGAUGUGUCAUGGCUUUCAUGCGACAAAAGAAUCGGGUGAGCGUCUCUCUCAUGCUGUUGGUUGUGCGUUCUCUAUAUGUCUAGAAAGAAAGAAAAAACGUGAUGAGGAAAAUGUGCAAAAUCUCGAGAAAGCGCUGAAUCCGAACUGGGAGGAUAAGAAUGAUGCAACAACUGCUCUACAACGAUUACAGCUUAAUUUAUCUUACUUUCCUAUUCAGGGCUCACUCCGUGCACCUGAAUCAUCAACAGCUGCACAGUUCCGACGGAAUUACUCAUUGCGAACGAAUGCUCUGAGCCUUGAUGGUCAUCCCGCGGUGUACGGCAAGCAAUCGCUCCAUAAUGAACCGAUUUACGAAGGUGAGGAAGAGAGCAGUGGUCAACAGGCGGCUCAUUUUGCUCCUACGACCACUUUUGCAGAUGAAAGUGGAAGUAUGACAGCACCUCCUGUCUUCCCAGGUUUGUCAUUUUAG